AAGCGUUCCAAUCGUUGUGGUUCAGAGAGGCUAGAUGUGCCAGAGAAACUAGCUGAGGGGCAUUGAAUGACUUUGUGUCCAACAAGGUAGUAGUACGUUAUUUGAGGGUAAAGGUGAAGCACAGGACUAUAACUAUGGAGGCCCUGAUACCUGUCAUAAAUAAAUUACAGGACGUAUUUAACACGGUCGGCGCGGAUAUCAUACAUUUGCCGCAGAUAGUGGUCGUUGGAACGCAGAGCAGUGGGAAGAGUUCUGUGUUAGAAAGUCUGGUUGGCAGAGACCUCCUUCCUCGCGGGACCGGUAUAGUCACACGCCGGCCCCUCAUCCUCCAGCUGGUUCACAUCGACACAGAAGACCGCAGGAAAACAUUUGAGGAAAAUGAAUCCAAAUCCAGGAAAAAUGGACGCCUUAAUCAAGGCAUUGAUGGAGAUGAAUGGGGCAAAUUCCUUCACACCAAGAAUAAGAUAUAUACCGAUUUUGAGGAAAUCAGACAGGAAAUCGAGGCGGAAACCGAAAGAUUAUCCGGCACAAACAAGGGGGUCAGUGACGAGCCCAUCCACCUCAAAGUCUUCUCUCCUCAUGUCGUGAACCUGACAUUGGUGGACCUCCCUGGACUGACAAAGGUCCCCGUGGGCGACCAGCCCAACGACAUCGAGCUCCAGAUCCGAGACCUUAUCCUGAAGUACAUCUCCAACCCCAACUCCAUCAUCCUGGCCGUGACGGCCGCCAACACGGACAUGGCUACCUCCGAGGCCCUCAAGGUGGCUCGCGACGUCGACCCCGAAGGGCGGAGGACGCUGGCGGUGGUGACCAAGCUGGACCUGAUGGACGCCGGCACGGACGCCAUGGACGUGUUGAUGGGCAGGGUGAUCCCGGUCAGGCUGGGUCUGAUCGGCGUGGUCAACAGGAGCCAGCUGGACAUCAACAAUAAGAAGCUCGUGGCGGACGCCAUCCGUGACGAGUACGCCUUCCUCCAGAAGAAAUACCCCUCCCUGGCCAACCGGAACGGAACCAAGUACCUGGCUAAAACAUUAAACAGACUGCUCAUGCACCACAUCAGGGACUGUCUUCCCGAGCUGAAGACCAGGAUCAACGUGCUGGCGGCCCAGUAUCAGUCCAUGCUGAGCGGCUACGGAGAGCCCGUGGACGACAAGAGCUCCACGCUGCUGCAGCUCAUCACCAAGUUCGCCGCAGAGUACUGCCACACCAUAGAGGGCACGGCCAAGUACAUCGAGACCACCGAACUGUGUGGUGGCGCUAGAAUCUGUUACAUCUUCCACGAGACAUUUGGACGAACACUGGAGUCAGUUGACCCUCUGGGGGGUCUGACCACCAUAGAUGUGCUCACGGCCAUCAGAAAUGCAACGGGCCCGCGGCCGGCCCUGUUCGUGCCCGAGGUGUCCUUCGAGCUGCUGGUGAAGCGGCAGGUGAAGCGCCUAGAGGAGCCCAGCCUGCGCUGCGUGGAGCUGGUGCACGAGGAGAUGCAGCGCAUCAUCCAGCACUGCAGUAACUACAGCACGCAGGAGCUGCUGCGGUUCCCCAAACUCCACGACGCCAUCGUGGAGGUGGUCACGUCCCUGCUGAGGAAACGCCUGCCGGUCACCAACGAGAUGGUCCACAACCUGGUGGCCAUUGAGCUAGCCUACAUCAACACCAAGCACCCGGACUUUGCAGACGCCUGUGGCCUGAUGAACAACAACAUAGAGGAACAGCGACGCAACAGGAUGCGGGAACUGCCCUCCUCCGUGCCCCGGGAUAAGUCCCUUAAGGGCCCCGGUGGGCACCCUCUGUCCCCCACGGAGCCCUCUGAGGGGGAGGUCCCCAAGGGGACGGCCGGCGGGCCCCAGGCGGGGGCCGAGCAGGUGGACGGGGGGACGGGGGGCUGGAGGGGCAUGCUGAAGAAGGAGGACGGGAUGCCUGGGGACAAGAACGCCUUCCCCCCCAGCCCCAUGAGGGGCAACGCCGUCAACCUCCUGGACGUCCCCGUGCCCGUCGCCAGGAAACUGUCCGCCCGGGAGCAGCGGGACUGUGAGGUCAUCGAGAGGCUCAUCAAGUCCUACUUCCUCAUCGUCCGGAAAAACAUCCAAGACAGUGUCCCCAAGGCGGUGAUGCACUUCCUGGUGAACCACGUGAAGGACUGCCUGCAGAGUGAGCUGGUGGGGCAGCUGUACAAGUCGGGCCUGCUGGACGACCUGCUCACUGAGUCCGAGGACAUGGCCCAGCGGCGCUUCGAGGCCGCCGACAUGCUCAAGGCGCUGCAGAAGGCCAGCCAGGUGAUAGCCGAGAUCAGAGAAACCCACAUGUGGUGAGGGGUUCCCCCCCCCCCCCCCAUCCAUCGAUCCUACCUCCACAGCCACCCCCCCCCCUCCCCCCCCCACCAGCCCUGUACCCAAACACCACCCUGCCACCCCCCAAACACAGGACAACUUGAACAAAAAGGCACUGGUGUCAGUAUGCAAGGUACUAUCGGGUUGUAUGUGGAACACGGACUCUGAAAUAUAAUCCAGAGGGCAGCGUAUCUGUCUCUCUCGUGGCCUCGUAUACAUGGCAAAUGCUUUUUUUAUUCUUUUUGUGGAACAACUAUUGUUUGUAAUGGACGGCAGAGGCCGUGCGCGGAGGUUCUGCUGGGGCUGAGUUUGGAUAUUGUGCAUAUGUGGAGAUGCUGAGUUGUGUACAUGCUGAGUUGUGUACAUGCUGAGUUGUGUACAUGCCGAGUUGUGUACAUGCUGUUUCCUCCUUAUCCUCGGCUCCAUCUCUCUUUUAAGUUAUGAGGUAUUAUUAUUCGCAAAAAUAGGUUUACUGCUGCUGCUCUAUCCAAAGAAAUGCACUUCUUUUAAAUGUCCUUUGGAACUCCGUUGUACGGAGGACGUAAAAAAAAUUAAUAAAGGUAUUUUGUGCGUUUUAUUUUUCUAUAAGAACGUUUUUUUUGUUUUUUUUUGGCCUCUCCAUCGCAUGUAACAACGCUAAGCUCGCUUCCUGUCUCAUGGUGUAUAGAGUAAACAUCCUUCUGUGUUUCAAAAAACAGUCUGCAACUGAUUUAUCUGAUUGCUAGGCCUACACGACUCAUUCACCUGACCACUGUCUGUGCUUUGAACGUGCACAUGUAUUUGGUCCGUUUCUUCUUUUUUUUUUUUGUGUAAAGCUCACCCUGUCGACGUGCCACAAGAAAAAAAUGCAUCACACACUGAGACUCCUGAUAUGAAUGUAUGAUGACCUGUUUAUUGACGUGAUACACAGAUGUUUUGAAAUGUAGCUCAACACAAAAAGGAGGAACGACCACCCAGAAUCACCCGGGGCCCCGGGCUCCUGAGCAGAGUCGAGCCCCGCCCCUGACUCAAGCUCCGCCCCCGACUCAAGCUCCGCCCCCGACUCAAGCUCCGCCCCCGACUCCCUCCAGGGUGCUCCUUCACCUCAGCCGGCCCGCCAAUUUGCCCUUGCCGCGACCUUUGGCACUAGAGGAGAGAGGCGUUCAAGAACAAGUCAUUUGUGAGCCAAGCCUCAGCAGAAGUGUGAUUAGACACCCAUGUUGGUUUUUUGAAGCAGCACAUUUGUUCAUGUAGUGUUACGUUAAAAUGUAUCAAUGGUUUAUUUUGGCUGUCAGUAUUUUUUCUUUCGCUGUUGCUUGUGUUUCCCAAAUGGUCAAAUUCAUGCUUAUCGGGUCCCUUCUAUAGCGUGUGGAGUGCGAGUGUGUGUAAAGUGUAAGGUUAUUUUGGCUGUUGACUUUUGCCACCGCUUUCUAAAUGUAACACAAGAUUAGACAACUCAAGCCUUUUGAUUCCCCAGGAUCAUGUGUAUAAGGAUUUAACUAUUUGUCACAACAGAAUAAUAUUAGUAAGCUGAUAUUUUAGACCGUGGCAUAUGUACAUGCACUAUUCUAAUGUAAUGUUAUGUCUAUAAUUGCAAUACUUUUGCCAUCUAAAGCUGAUUUGAUGCAACGUACAAUGCAAAUACAUUUGACAAAUGUUUUUCAUUUGGGAUGGUUGAACGUGAUGAGUGAGUUUGAUGGAGUGAUCUGGUUUAGCAUUAAAACAAGUGUUAAAUAAAUAAUAAGAUGAACACUGGA